AUGUCGUCCGCCACCCCCGUUGAGGAUGCCAUCCGGACCAAGGUCACCGCCGCCUUCUCCCCUACCACUCUCGAGAUCUACAACGACUCCCACCUUCACAGCCACCACAAGGCCAUGGCCGGCAGCACUUCCAAGGAAACCCACUUUAGACUUGUCAUCACCUCCGAGGCCUUCAAGUCCAAGAUGCAGUCCGCCCGCCACCGCAUGGUCUACGCCCUCCUCCGCGAGGAGAUGGCCCGCGAGGGCGGCAUUCACGCACUUCAGCUUAAGACUCUCACCCCCGAGGAGGAGGAGCGACAAAAGGCCAAGAAGGCCGCUGAGGCCCAGUCCUCCGAAGACUCGGCUUGA